UUCUUGUCGCGAUGUGGAGAGGUGGAAGGCUGUGCUCUCGUGGGGUUCGUUUUCUAGAAACGCUUGGGUUUGGGUGCCCCAGCGCGGUAGCCGAGCCUCCUCGCGUAACUUCAUGGUCGGGGAAGCAGCUCACUAGGAAUCUACAGAUUAAGCCAUGGUACCUCAGUGAACACAGCACUAUGUGGCUUAGAUCCUACGGGAUGGCUUUUUCCUGUUUGACCAGAGUAAACACUUACAGGUCCCCUUGGAAGCGAUCAUACAGUACUUUGCAAACAACAGUUGACAGCAAGGAGGUUAAAAACUUCCUGGCUCUGGCUCACAAGUGGUGGGAUGAGUAUGGAAAGUUUGCACCUCUUCAUUCUAUGAAUGAUCUACGAGUGCCAUUCAUUAGAGACAAUCUUUUGAAAAAAAGUGCUAAUCACCAUCCAGGAAAGCCUUUAUCUGGGAUGAAGAUUCUUGACGUUGGCUGUGGUGGUGGGUUAUUAACUGAACCUCUAGGGCGACUGGGAGCUUCAGUUGUUGGAAUCGAUCCGGUGGCUGAAAACAUUAAGAUAGCACAGCACCAUAAAUCAUUUGAUCCAGUGCUGGAUAAGAGGAUCCAGUACAAAGUGUGUUCCCUGGAGGAGAUUGUGAAUGAGAGUGCAGAGUUGUUUGAUGCUGUUGUGGCUUCUGAAGUUGUAGAGCAUGUGAUCAACCUGGAAACAUUCAUACAGUGCUGCUAUCAAGUAUUGAAACCUGGUGGCUCUUUAUUCGUUACUACAAUAAACAAAACCCAGCUGUCCUAUGCUUUGGGAAUUGUUUUCUCAGAGCAAAUUGCAGGCAUUGUUCCAAAAGGCACUCACACAUGGGAGAAGUUUGUUUCACCUGAAAAGCUAGAGAGCAUAUUGGAACCAAAUGGUCUGUCAGUUGAAACUGUGGCAGGAAUGAUCUAUAAUCCUUUCUCAGGUUACUGGCAUUGGAGUGAAAAUACCAGCCUUAACUAUGCAGCCCAUGCUGUGAGGUCCAGGGCUCCGGAGCACCCGGAGUCUGCUGAGUCUGCUUUAAAGAGGGAAACAGAAGCACUCCAUGCCAGUGCCUCUGGUGGCCCAAGUGUCCGUGAGGAGCAGAAAAAAUGAGACACCUCUGAGGACAGCAGUGAAUAUGCUGGGAACUGUUGUUUACAAAUUCAAAACUCUUACUCCUUUUUGAGAGAUUCUGAAGAACAAAGGGUCAAUAAAAAUAUCUAAAUCAGUGGAGAAAACUUUCUGUAUCACUUAAGAGACACUCUGAGGAAUUUUCUGAUGAGGGUUUGUGAAGAUUUAGGGAGUUUUAAGACUCUUGGCUUUCAUUGUAGAAACACGUGUGCUUAUUUCAUUUUACAUAUUAGGCAUUUCUCACACGUGUAAACAGAAGCAUAUGCUGCUAUUUAUUUAUUUUAACUGGAAUCUCUGUUGUCUAUGGUAUUCCUUUAUUUUAGUUAAAGAUACAAUGCCCUUGACUGAUUAAAAAGCACUGUAGUUUUUUUCACUGAUACUUGAGAGUACAAAAUAUACAUUAAACCUAAGGUAGUGGGGCCAUGUCUCCCUCCCUCCCUCCUUCCCUCCCUCCCUCAAGUUCAGUUUGUGUUGACCAACUUCUCUUGAGUAUAGGGUCUACCCUGGAGUGUGGCUGAUACACCAGAGGUCACAGCAUUAAAGGAAAUUGCCUCUUUUACCAGCAGCUAUCAAAUGCCAAUAGUACCUCAGAGGUGAGCUACUUUCUUCUCUAUGUAAGUAAAAUACACUUUAUCCCAUAAAAAAUGGGAUUCUGGACAUCACUGGGUUAUUAAAUAUAUGGUGUAUUUGAAUUCAAACAUUAAAAGAAGUUUAGCUAAUGUUUUAUGUAUAGGACUUAGUUCCGUAUGUGGUUCUUUGAAAAUUUUAUGGUCCAGGGACAGGAGAGAUAGCUCAGCAGUUAAGAUCACUGGUUGCUCCAGCAAAGGCCCUGGGUUUCAUUCCCAGUACCCCCAUGAUGGGCCACAGCUAUCUGUAACUUCAGUUGUAGGGGACCUGACCCCAUCUUCAGGCUUCGGCAGACAUUCACGUGAUAUACAGACAUACAUGCCCUGCGAAAUAACCAUACAUAUAAAUUAAUAAAAACAACUGGUGGUAGUUUGAAUGAGAAUGGUCCCCAUAGGCUUAUAUGUUUGAAUACUUGGUCUUCAGUUGCUGAAAUUGUUUAGGAACAAUUGGGAGGUAUGGUCUUGUUGGUGGGUGUCUGUCGCUGCUGGUGGGCUUUGAGGUUUUAAAAGACUUAUGUCUUGGCAAGAAUGAUCUCUGUUUCCUGCUUGUGGAUUUGUGUGGGCGCUCAGCAGCUGCUCCUGUGCCAUGCCUGCCAGCCUGUUGUCACGCUCCCUGCCAUGACGGUGAUGGACUCCCAUACCUCUGGAACUGUAAGCCUCAAAUAAACCCUUCCUUCUAUACUUUU